AUGCCCGAAUCAUCGCAACCGACUUCGAAUCGGAAAAGGCUCGACCCGAGGAUCCAAUCCCUGAUCAAGAACGGUGUCAAGACUAACCACCGAUCAUUCUUCAUCGUUCUCGGGGAUAAAGCAGUCGACCAGGUUGUCAACCUCCACUUUCUCCUCUCUCAAUCACGCCAUACCGCCAGGCCAAAUGUGCUAUGGUGCUACAAGAACAAACUUGGAUUUACUUCGAAUCGAAAGAAAAGAGAACAAAAAAUCAAGCAAGAAGUCAAGAAAGGCCACAGAGAGGUAGGUGAUAUGGACCCCUUCGAGCUUUUUGUUAGCUUGACUGAUAUCCGAUAUACAUAUUAUAAAGAAUCUGAAAAAAUCCUCGGGCAAACCUUUGGAAUGCUCGUUCUUCAAGACUUCGAGGCUUUGACACCAAAUUUACUCGCUCGCACCAUCGAAACUGUGACGGGGGGUGGAAUAGUCGUCCUCUUACUGAAUACCAUGAAGUCUCUCAAACAAAUGUACACACUCUCAAUGGAUGUCCACGAAAGAUAUCGCACCGAAGCUUACGGCGAUCUAACAGGAAGAUUCAACGAAAGAUUCUUGCUCUCUCUCGGACCUUUUCAAGAAUGUUUAGUACUCGAUGACGAGCUCAACGUCCUACCUAUUAGCGCUGGGAAGGAUGUCAAACUGAUCGAAGAUCCCGAUCAGAAUCAACUAUCACACGCCACAGGAAAAACCCGCCAGCUCGAAUUAGACGAAAUCAAACAUGAAUUAGUCGAAACAAAACCCAUCGGUGAUGUCAUACAGCUGGCUCGCACGGUUGAUCAAGCAAAGACGGUCAUGGAAUUCACUUCGUCAAUAACCGAAAAAACGCUUUCAUCAACUGUCACUUUGACAGCUGCAAGAGGUCGCGGCAAAUCAGCUGCACUCGGGAUGUCGAUUGCCAUUGCCGUGGCGCACUCGUACUCCAACAUCUUUGUCACUUCACCAUCGCCUGAAAACUUAAAAACGCUGUUUGAAUUUAUUUUUAAAAGUCUAGCAGCCCUCGGCUAUGAAGAGCAUCUCGACUACAACAUCCAUCAAUCAUCUAACCCGGAUUGGAAGAAUUGCAUCGUCCGAGUUGAUAUCUUCCGCAAUCACCGGCAAACCAUUCAAUAUAUCCAGCCUCAAGACUACAAGGUUUUAGGCCAGGCUGAAUUAGUGGUCAUUGAUGAGGCAGCGGCGAUACCGAUCCGGCUCGUCAAAAAUCUUAUCGGCCCCUACCUAGUAUUCAUGGCCUCUACCAUUAACGGUUAUGAAGGUACCGGUCGCUCCUUGUCUCUCAAGCUGAUUUCCCAACUCCGAGAGCUCUCCAAAAGAUCUGUCGUUUCUUCGGCCUCCAAAUCAAAUACCGAUCCAUCGUCAACGAAAGACACAAGCGCCACGACUGCUGCGACCUACCAAAAGUUAUCCCGAAGCUUAAAAGAGCUGAAAUUGGAAGAGCCGAUCCGAUAUGCUGAAGGUGACGGAGUUGAGAAAUGGUUGAAUGAAUUACUUUGUCUUGAUGUCCAAACGUCAUCGAGUAAUCGAAGUCUGCAACAUCCCAGCAAAUGUGACCUAUACUUUGUCAAUCGGGAUACAUUAUUCAGCUAUCAUCCCGCCUCCGAAGAAUUUUUGCGCCGGAUGAUGUCGCUUUACGUUGCCAGUCAUUACAAGAAUUCGCCGAACGACUUACAAUUAAUGAGUGAUUCUCCCUCUCAGCAGCUCUAUGUUUUACUGCCGCCUAUCGCAGAGGGGGAUAGUGGAAGUCUCCCGGAGCCGCUCGUGGUGAUUCAAGUCGCAUUGGAAGGGAAGAUAUCGAAACCUAGCGUGAUGGCCAGUCUCAGUCGAGGUAUCAAGGCUUCUGGUGACCUUAUUCCGUGGACGAUCUCGCAGCAAUUUCAAGAUGAGGACUUCCCUACUCUUUCCGGGGCUCGAAUAGUGCGGAUAGCCACUCACCCGGACUACUGUCGAAUGGGCUACGGCGCGCGAGCCAUCCAAAUCCUAACGUCAUACUUCAAUGGCCAGUUGGUCAGCCUCAGCGAAGAAUUGCCCAAGGAGCCUGCCAAAUCAGCUGACGCCAGCCAAUCGAAAGGUGAAGCAACAACCGAAAAAGAUGGUAAUGUGAUCAGGAUGCGGGACAUCAACAAGCUUCCUGCCCUCUUACAGAGACUCAGCGAUCGUCCACCCGAGCCUAUUGACUACUUGGGAGUCAGUUAUGGAUUGACGCCGAAUUUGCUCAAGUUUUGGAAACAGUUGGGCUUCUUGCCGGUCUAUAUUCGUCAAACUGAAAACGAAUUGACGGGCGAGCACACAUCCGUGAUGAUUCGAAGCUUAAGCAAGAAAGAAACCGAGAAGCAAUACCAGCCUGAAGAUUGGCUCACUGCCUUCGCUCUGGAUUUCCGGAAACGCUUUCUCACAUUACUUUCAUACAAGUUCCGCAGCUUUCCUUCAGUCGCCAGCUUAACUGUCCUAGAAGCCGCCAACGCAGGCGAGUUGGUCGAAAAGCACGAGAGUCUGCUCAGUGGAGAGGAAAUCUCUCGAUACUUUUCCCCGUUUGAUCUGAAACGGCUCCAGAGCUAUUCAAACAAUAUGCUCGAUUAUCACGUCAUCCUUGAUCUACUACCCAACCUGACUGAGCUGUAUUUUAGCGGGAAAUUCAAUGCCGAAACUCGAUUGAGCGGGGUGCAAAGUUCGAUCUUGUUAAGCUUAGGCUUGCAGAGAAAAUCUGUGGAGGAUAUUGAAGACGAAAUUAAGCUACCUGUGUCUCAAACACUUGCAUUAUUUGUGAAGGUUAUUCGCAAGCUAACGAAAGCUAUUCAAGAGCUUCAAAAAAUUAAGUAUUCUGCGCAGUUGGCUAAGACUACCGCAGGUGCUCAUUCCGAAACCGUUACGACAGAGCCCCAAGCAAGCGCCACCGUACCAGUAAGGAAGGCUCCGGAGAUCAAAACCAAGGGAAACUUGCCACAGGUCCCUGACAGAUUAAAAGAACAGCAACGAGAGUUGAUUGACACUCUUGAUUUGAAUCAAUAUGCAGUAGGCGGAGAUGAAACGGAAUGGGAACAUGUCGAACAGAAGAUUAGUGAGACAUUGGUGGGAGAUGCUGACAAAAAAUCUCUGACUGUCAGCCUGGCCAACCCGAAUUCUAGUAAAAAAUUGUCAAAGCGUAAGGCUGAAGAAAUCCAACCCACUAAGGGUGGGAAAGAUAAAAAGAAGAAAACAAAAAAACAUAAAGGCACUUUGUAA